ACGAACGGGGACGUAACUCUAUGAUAUGAUUGAGAGUUAUCUAAGCGAUUCCACCCUCGUGUUGUUACCAAUUGUGUUUGUGUGUUAUUACUACAUAAUGUGGUCAUCAAAAGGAUCGUUCGCUCGUAAGCAACUUGAGAAACAUGGGUGGACUGAUGGUGUGGGGCUUGGAGCAAAAGAACAUGGGAUCACUCAAGCUAUCAAAGUUAAACUUAAAAUGGAUUCAGCUGGGGUUGGUCAUGAUCCAGCACAAGAAUUUACACAUCACUGGUGGGAUCACGCAUUCAAUAAAGCAGUUUCUAAUAUCACAGUGGAAGCAAAGGAGGAUGGCGUCAUAGUCAGGUCCUCCAAAAAGUCAAAGAAGGAAGAAGUAGCUGUUCAGAAGAAGGCUGCAUACGGAAACUUUGUAAAGGUUUCUUUACUGUCCAAUGGAAUCGAAGAAGAAAUGACUGCAGGUGUUAAACAUGAUGAUGAGGAAGAGGAUUCCUCUAGAAAAACACAGACACUAUUGCUUCCUGAAGAUGAACUUUUUAAAAGAUGUGGAGGUCGCACAGCACACAAAGCUGCUCGUCAUGGACUGAAGCUUAAUGGAAAACUUCAGCGCAUUGAAGAGCAAGAAAGACUUCUUCUGGAAAAGUACCAACCCCAAAGUUUAUUAUCAACAGACCAGGAAAAAUCUGCUAUGAAAAUGAGCAUUCAGAGUGAACCUAAGCUUGUUAAUCACAAAUUAUCUUCCGAGUUAAGGCAAAGUGACAUGCAUGCCUCUUCUCAAUAUGAUUUGCCGACCCACAAAUAAGCAACACCUUAAAUGAUAAGCGAAAAAAGAAAAGCAAGAAAAGAAAACGAAACGAGGUCUCUGAAGAUGAUGUUAAGCAUAUAUCAACAUACCAAGAAAACAAGACCAAGUAUUUAUGUAACAGUGAAAAUGAUAUUGGCUUUUCAAGGCCUGAAAAGGUCUGUAACAAAAGAAAACAUAGAUUGGAAAAGGGCAAAGACGGAACCUUAAAUGUUACAAGUGAUACAUUUUCCAGCAGCUGCGCUGUUGAAAACAAAACAAAAAAAGAUUUAAAAGAUGGCAUAGCAUGUAGUGAUUAUUCAGAAGCCAUGGUUUUAGAGACUGAUAGUGCAAAUGGGAAGAAGACAAAAUCUAAGAAAAAAAACUUGGAGGCAUGUGAUGAUUUGCCUGAGGAAAACAGAGCUAAGGAACUUAAUAAUGACUGUAAACAGAAAAAAAAGAAAUCAAAGAGGGAGUAAACAGAUUGUCUUUUUGUUGGAAGCCAUCGCUUGGUUUUUCACCAAAUGCUAAAAAAGAGUUUUGACUUCUUUUACAUCUUCAAGCUUGUCACUUGGAUUUAGACUUCUUUACCAGCUACAAGAAGUCCAUCUCUGUUGACCUAAUGAAGCAGUAGUUAAAUAUAAAUGCAAUUUCUUUGGCUUUUCAGUUGUAUUAACUACCAUUGCAUUUUCACUGUGAGGCCCUGGGCUUAUUAAAUGUCUUAUAAAUUGAUCUUGAUGAAUAAAUGUUUCAUAGUAAAAACUGCAUGCUCUACUAUGUAUAUGAAUGCACAUUAGAUGGGAGUUAAAAAAAACUACUAUGAGCUGGGUUUUCUCCUUUCGGCACUGCAGUGGUUAAUAAAAAAAAAGGAUGCAUCUAACUGCAAAGCCGAA